UUUUUCCUUUCAGCGAGAGUGUAUCAGUGUCCACAUCGGCCAGGCUGGAGUACAGAUCGGCAAUGCCUGCUGGGAAUUGUACUGUCUGGAACAUGGUAUCCAGCCCGAUGGCAACAUGCCCAGUGACAAGGCAGUGGGAACCGGAGAUGAUUCCUUCAACACUUUCUUCAGCGAAACCGGAGCUGGCAAGCACGUACCGAGGGCCGUCUUCGUUGAUCUCGAACCCACAGUAGUAGAUGAGGUAAGGACUGGUGGGUACCGUCAGUUGUACCAUCCCGAACAGCUCAUCUCCGGCAAAGAAGAUGCCGCCAACAAUUAUGCUCGAGGACACUACACAAUCGGAAAGGAAAUCGUGGAUUUAGUGCUGGACAGAAUCCGAAAACUUGCUGACCAAUGCACGGGACUACAAGGUUUUCUCAUCUUUCACAGUUUCGGUGGAGGAACUGGAUCCGGCUUCACUUCUUUGUUGAUGGAAAGGUUGUCUGUUGAUUACGGAAAGAAAUCCAAACUAGAAUUCUCAAUAUACCCUGCUCCUCAGGUAUCUACAGCUGUUGUUGAGCCUUACAAUUCCAUCCUCACCACCCACACGACUCUAGAACAUUCCGAUUGCGCCUUCAUGGUCGAUAACGAAGCUAUCUACGAUAUUUGCCGAAGAAAUCUGGACAUCGAGAGGCCCACAUACACUAACCUCAACAGACUCAUUAGUCAAAUUGUAUCAUCCAUUACUGCAUCUCUUCGCUUCGACGGUGCCUUGAAUGUCGAUCUCACGGAGUUUCAGACUAACUUGGUGCCCUAUCCUAGAAUUCAUUUUCCACUCGUAACCUACGCACCUGUGAUAUCCGCCGAAAAAGCCUACCACGAGCAGCUGAGCGUGGCUGAAAUAACCAACGCUUGCUUCGAGCCUGCAAACCAGAUGGUCAAAUGUGAUCCCAGGCACGGUAAAUACAUGGCCUGCUGUAUGCUCUACAGAGGGGAUGUAGUUCCCAAAGACGUGAACGCUGCCAUUGCUGCCAUCAAAACAAAGAGAACCAUACAGUUCGUCGAUUGGUGUCCAACCGGUUUUAAGGUUGGCAUCAACUACCAGCCUCCAACUGUGGUGCCUGGUGGUGACCUCGCCAAAGUGCCUCGAGCCGUUUGCAUGUUGUCCAACACCACCGCCAUCGCAGAAGCGUGGGCACGUCUUGACCACAAGUUCGAUCUUAUGUACGCCAAGAGAGCCUUCGUCCAUUGGUACGUCGGAGAGGGUAUGGAAGAAGGAGAAUUCUCCGAAGCCCGGGAAGACAUGGCAGCUCUGGAGAAAGACUACGAAGAAGUGGGACUGGAUUCCAAUGAUGGAGGUGAAGACGAAGGAGACGAAUAUUGAGAACUUCGUCCGAUCUCCUACCCCACACUCAGUGGCUCAUGGUUUGAAUAAAAUGCACGACAUUUA